AUGGCUGCCGGCUGCGCCCCUUCGCCUCGGCCCCAAGGGGCCUCGGAGAGGCCCACGACGGCUCCCGCCGGCGUCGUGCCGUGCCUGGAGCUGCCGACUUACGCCGCGGCGUGCGCGCUGGUGAACAGCCGCUACUCGUGCCUGGUGGUCGGGCCGCACCGCAGGCACAUCGCCCUGUCGCCCCGCUACCUGCACCGGAAGCGCACGGGGAUCCGCGAGCAGCUGGACGCGGAGCUCCUGCGCUACUCGGAGAGCACUUAGGCCCGGAAGCCUCGCCUUUUAGGUGUCCCUAUCGCAUAUGAUAACAUCAAAGUUGUGGGUGAACUGGGAGACAUUUAUGAUGAUCAAGGACACAUUCAUCUUAACAUUGAAGCAGAUUUUGUUAUUUUUUGCCCUGAACCAGGACAAAAGUUGAUGGGCACAGUUAAUAAAGUGUCUUCUACUCACAUUGGCUGUUUAGUGCAUGGUUGUUUUAAUGCCUCUAUCCCUAAACCUGAGCAGAUGUCAUAUGAGCAGUGGCAAACUUUGGAGAUCAAUGGGGGUGAUGAACUGGAAUUUGAAGUAUUUCGUUUAGAUUCUGAUGCUGCUGGAGUAUUUUGCAUUCGAGGAAAACUGAAUAUUACAAGUUUACAAUCCAAGAGCUAUAAAGCUUCUGAAGAUGUAGUACAUACUGGCAUUGAGGAAAUUGUUGCAAAAGUUUCAAAGAAGAAAAAGAAGGCGAAGAAAGAUCCAGAAGCCUCUGAGGCAGAUGGUAGCACCACAGAGCUCACAGAUAUGGCAGUCACCCCACAGGAAGAGGUGUACCUACAGACGACUGCUAAUGUGAAUGGUGUCUUGGAACAAAAGCCAAAGAAGAGUAAGAAAAAGAAGAAAAAGAAAGACUCAGAAACUUCUGAGACAGAGGUUGGUGCCACAGAACUCACAGAUUUUGCAGAUGUCACCCUACAGGAAGAGAUGGACCUACAUACUAGUGAUCAUGUAAAUUGCCUCUCAGAGCAAGAGCCAAAGAAAAAGAAGAAGAAAAAGAAGCACCCUGAAAUCUCUGAGGCAGAUGGUGGUGCCAUAGAGCUAGCAGGUUUUGCAGAUGUCGCCCCAAAGGAAGAUGUGGACCAAACUAUUAGUGGUAAUGUGAAUGACCUCUGGGAGGAAGAGUCGAAGAGGAAGAAAAGGCACCAGGAGGAACAGGACCCUGUUUUCCAAGCCAGUGACUCCAGUGGUUACCAAAGUGACCAUAAAAAGAAAAAAAAGAGAAGAAAAGACUGUGAAGAGUCAGAAUUUACCCCAGUUUUGGAAUGUUCACCUAAGAAGAAACUGAAAAAGUAAUUGUUUUUUCUGCCUUUUAACUAUGAUUCUGUUGUUAAAAU